AUGAAUCAGGUGUCGAUGCAGGUGUAUACACAAGUUUGGACUAGGGGGUUCGGAGAGUGGACAUCCAUACAUUUAUGCAGCCUAUCCAACAAGACGUUGUCGAGUGCGCUGUGCAAUUACCCCCCCCCCCACCUGGGGGGAUUAAUUGCCACAUAUGGAAGCUUACUAGAGUAUCGAGUCUCGUACACCGGGUCACGGGCAACCGUGACCUUGGUGUACGGUGAUAGAGUUCUGAAGAAAGGAAGGUGGAGGAAGAGGAGACGUGCGCCAGCGGCGGCGCAGGGGGAGUCAAAACCGACUCCGUCUGCUGGACCGCCCAACGCCGACCCCCCGAAGAAGAAGAUGAAGAAGGAAGUGGCUCCGGCUCCAUCCAUCGCAGUCUCUUCGACGGAGAAUGAUGAUCUGAACGAGUUUGACACAGCGAUCUGUGUUACACCCUACAACAGACCCGAUCCACCGGCCUUUACUUCUGGACCUCCGGAUGUGUCACCAAUCCAACCGACGGCGCCCGUAGAGGUCCCGGCCCGGAAAACGGCAGUGGUGAAGAGGAAGGCGACCACUCCCCCGAGUGCCACCCCAACCAGGCCAUGUUGCCCCACUCAGCCGCCGAAGCCAGAGCAACCAACCAGACAAUGGACAUUGAAGGCCAGCAAAUUACAUCCGCGAUUUCACCAAAUCAUCAAAUCCAACCUGGAGAACGUUCGUCAACUCAUCAGUGAGCCCAAACACAAAGCUUACCACCCUCUGCCAACCAAUCCCGAUGAAGGGGACUUCGCCGUCCAUCGAGUCCAAGUUGAUGUGGAUAUCAACGCAGUUUGCGUCACCAUCAGGCGGAGGGGGAGAUACAAUCAAGCGCUACUACUCAAGGAGAUGGACAACCCCACCCUACACCGCGUUCUCAAAACCAUAGCGGGGGAUGACUACCGUUUCAUCACCAAGAGUUUAGCAGCCUCCCCCUACCGGUCUGAUCUUCCACAUCUGGACACCACCGACUUCAUCGGAUCGCCAUAGAUGCCAACCUUUGCUAGGACAGGUAUCAACCUCCUUUAUUAGGCUAGUUGGACUUUAAAUAUUUCGAUGGUUGUUCAAAAUUCUUAAGUUUAUUUUUUUAUAAAUAGUCCGACGCACUUUACUUUGGCGCCCGUUCAGUUGCUCACAAUCACCUUAAAAACCUUUCGACCGAGCAGUCUCAACUAAUUUUGGCUUUAAUUUUAGUGUCCAGACAUGCUUUUGGAUGCAGUUAUUCUCGGUAGUCGUAGUUUGUCAAGUUUUCACCAAGGAAUCGAAAUUCAGCCAAUCACAGCUUGGCCCCACUUGGUGCUACGAUUUGGUCCGCGCUUUCGCUGGAUUCAAACUGCAGACUUAG